CUUUUUCAGAUUUGUUCAAACCUAGCAGCGGCCUGCCAUGUGCGACUUCCAACGUCAAACACCAUAUUGUCACUACUGGCCCGCCAGUUUUCGCAAAGCCGAGGCGACUAUCCCCAGAAAAACUAAAGGUUGUCAAAGCGGAGUUUGAGCAUAUGCUGGAAAUGGGGAUUAUUAGGCCAUCCAGCAGCCCGUGGUCCUCACCGUUGCACCUGGUACCUAAGAAUAACGGUUUAGAUUGGCGUCCUUGUGGCGACUACCGCAGACUAAACGCACAAACUGUUCCCGAUCGCUACCCUGUCCCGCACAUACACGAUUUAACCGCCUCACUCAAGGGAGCUCGAGUAUUCAGCAAACUGGACCUUACACGGGCUUACUACCAGAUUCCCGUCGACCCCGAAGAUAUACCUAAGACUGCUGUGAUUACACCGUUUGGCCUGUUCGAGUUUCUUCGAAUGCCUUUUGGCUUACGGAACGCUGCACAAACCUUCCAGCGUUUUAUACAUGACGUUUUGCGCGGGCUUGAUUUCGCCUUCGCCUAUCUGGACGAUAUCUUGGUAGCUAGUCCAGAUGAAGCCACUCAUCAACUUCAUUUGCAGACAGUUUUCCAAAGACUUGUGACACACUCCCUCACACUCAACUUGCCGAAGUGUCAGAUUGGAGCCACUUCCCUGAAAUUUUUGGGACAUAGGAUAGACAAAGAUGGAAUUUAUCCGUUACCUGACCGGGUAGAAGCUAUUCAAAACUUCCCUCUACCCACUUCUCCCAAGGCACUACGCACCUUUCUCGGGAUGGUUAGUUACUACCGUCGCUUUAUCCCACAGUGUGCUCAUAUCGUGACCCCCUUGACUGACAUGCUUAAAGGGAAAUGCAAGUCUUUGGUGUUCACUAAGGAAGCCUCGACAGCUUUUGCAGCUAUCAAGAAAGCUAUUGCUGACGCCACAAUGUUGGUCCAUCUAGAUGUUCAACUUCCAAUCAGCAUCUCCGUAGAUGCCUCUAAUACUGCGAUCGGAGCCGUCCUUCAACAGCGUAUGGCUAAUGUAUGGCUACCGAUUGCUUUCUUUUCACGUAAACUUACCGCAUGCGAAUCUCGAUACAGCACAUUCGGUAGGGAACUUCUCGCUGUCUACGCUGCUGUCAAGCAUUUUCGUCACUUCGUGGAAGGCCGGCAAUUUACGGUAUUUACCGACCAUAAGCCAUUGACGUACGCCCUCCACACUACUUCAGACCGGUAUUCACCGCGAGAAUCACGCCAUUUAGACUAUAUUUCCCAGUUCACUUCUGAUAUCCAGCACGUUUCUGGAUCGGAUAACGCGGUAGCAGACGCUUUGUCUCGCGUAUGUGCUACGUCCGUACCACCAACCAUCGAUCUUCAUAAAAUGGCCGAACUCCAACUGAACGAUUUGAACUUAGAACACCUGUCAAAUAAAACCUCACUGAAAAUAGAACGCGUCCCCUUGCUAAACAGUGAGGCAACUAUACUUUGCGAUAUGUCAACUGGUACUCCUCGACCGAUUGUUCCCACGUCUUUACGCCGAACUGUGUUUGAGUCACUCCACAACCUCUCCCAUCCUGGCAUACGAGCAACGGACAAGUUGAUUUCUGCGAGAUUUGCGUGGCCCGGUAUGAACCGUGAUGUGCGUCAAUGGACACGUGCUUGUGUGCAAUGCCAACGUGCUAAAGUCACCAAGCAUAACAUCACGCCGUUGGGGACGUUUGCGACCCCAGACGCUCGGUUCCAUCAUAUCCACCUGGAUAUAGUAGGGCCUCUGCCCCCGUCUAACGGCUGCUCGUAUUUACUCACAUGUGUGGAUCGUUUCACACGUUGGCCGGAAGCCAUUCCGAUACCUGAUGUAACGGCUCAAACCGUCUGUCGUGCCUUCAUGGAUGGCUGGGUUGCCCAUUUUGGAUGUCCCGCAACUGUCACUACCGACCGCGGACAACAGUUUGAAUCCACAAGCUUCAAAGAAUUGUUAGAGAUGCUGGGAUGCAAACGCAUUCGCACAACCGCGUAUCAUCCCGCGGCAAAUGGCCUAGUAGAACGUUUCCACCGUCAACUCAAAGCUGCGUUGAUGGCAGUGGACAACAGUAAGUGGACAGAUUCGCUACCACUGGUCCUGCUUAGCAUCCGGGCUACGCUUAAGGGGGAUCUGCAGUGCUCGCCAGCUGAAUUGGUGUACGGUACCACCAUGCGUUUACCAGGCGAGCUAAUCGCUCCCGAAACUUUCGAGCCAAAUUUCCCGGAUACCACCCGUUACGCUCAGCAACUUAAAAGUUUUAUGCAGCGACUCCGACCAGUUUCCACACGCGCUCAGAACCGAAAGGUUCAGGUUGAUCGGCGACUUGAUGACUGUACACACGUUUUCGUGCGUCACGACGCCAUACGAAAGCCAUUACAACCACCGUAUGACGGGCCUUUUAAGGUCCUUAGUCGUAAAGAUAAAUUUUUCGUUAUUGACCGAUGCGGCCGCCCAGACACUGUCAGCAUAGACAGACUUAAAGCGGCAUACACUGAAGAACCUUCACCCUCCCCAUCGGCUCAAUCAAAUAGCCCCACUGAACCUAGUCCUUGUCCAGACUCAACUACUUCACCUCCGGUGGUGAAUGAUGAUUCUCCUACCGUCACCAGUAAGACCCCUGUCACACGUGCUGGUCGACGUGUUCACUGGCCCAAGAGGUUCGUAGAAUUCUUUCACUGAACUAAUCCAUAGGUAAGGCUACUAGUGAUUUUUUAUUCCUUGUCACAAUUUCUUAUUCAAUUCUGCUAUAUUUAAUCUAUUUGGUCCCGCUUCUGGGAGUAGUCGUUUUAACCCUCACUAAUCCUUUUAAUCUUUAUCUCUCGUUACAGAGGACCAGCAGCAGUUUGUUUUUACCCCUAAUUUUUCAUAUCAAUCUACUCGCUAGAUCAGUUGGCGUCUCAUGUCAUCUUGUAACCCACACCAAAAGAGGAAUUAUGAAUAGUAUAUUACCUUUCC